AUGGAGAGGUUCAGUCAGUUCCGCGAUCGCGGCAGCGGCAUCUCGCCCUUCAUCCCGCAUCGCACCCCCGUCUCGGCCCUGCUGUCCGUCGGCCACUUCUUCCUCUUCGUCUUCCGCCUGCCGCUCUUCCUCCUCUACGCCGGCUUCUACUUCGUGCUGCUCACCCACCUGCCGCUGCCCCAGUUCGUGCGCAAGCUGCUGCUCUGGGGCAUGCUGGUCAUCCCCGGCAUCUGGUGGAUCGACCUGCAGCUCGACGGCGUCAAGCGCGGCCACCUGCACAAGAAGUCCAUCGAGCGCAUCCCCUACGAGGGCACCCUCAUCGCCGCCCAGUUCACGAGCCCCAUCGACGCCCUGUACCUGGCCACCAUCUUCGACCCCAUCUUCACCGUCAGCUACCCCGGCACCCAGAAGGUCACCCGCAUCUCCACCCUCGGCGCCAUCCUGCGCGCCCUCGCCCCCGUCCAGCUGGCGCCCCCGAGCCCCAAGAACCUGACCAGCCUGCGCGGCAUCGUCGAGAACAACCCCCACCGCGUCGUCGUCGUAUUCCCCGAGUGCAGCACCACCAACGGCCGCGGUCUCCUCCCCUUGUCGCCCAGUCUGCUGAGCGCCCCCGCUGACACCAAGAUCUUCCCCGUCAGCUUACGCUAUACGCCCCAGGACAUCACGACCCCGAUUCCAGGUGCAUACUUUGGCUUCUUCUGGGAGCUGUUGUCGCGCCCAACCCACUACGUCCGAGUCCGAAUUGCCGAGGCCGUCACCACAAAGUCGGAAGCUGUCACCGGCAAGCCCGCUGCUCUUGACUCCGAAGACGAGGACGCGGAUCCUGGGGAGGACCCCAUCACGCCCGAGGGUCGACAGCUGCUGGAUCACAUUGGCGAGACCCUGGCCCGGCUGGCUAGAAAUAAGAGGGUCGGUCUCACGCUGCGCGACAAGGCUGCGUUCGUCGAGGCUUGGGGCAAGCGCCGCAAAUAG